CUUUCACAAGGAUACAUUUCAGAUUAUGGAAGCUGAAUGCAUUGUAAAUGCUGUUUAAUGUUGUCUUUGAAGUUCGUCCUUUAAAAGAGGCUCAGUGUAUUUCACCACACACCUGUGAUGUGUCCUUCGACUCAGCAAAUAUAUCAAGUCCAACAUAAUGUUGAAGAAAUGCGUGUGGAGCGAUUUCCAGAACCCUGUACCUGUCCAAACACAUCUUUGCAGUGGGUUUUUAUGAAGACAUUUCAAAUAUGCUAUCUUAAAUUUGUUUGUGUCUCCUUUCUUGUUUCUUUCUUUCUCUCUUUCUCUGUUCCUCUUUGCACCCGUUGUUCCUCCAUAUGGUUAGAUGUUGCGCUGACUGUGCAGAGCGCUGUGUUAGCGUGAUGUAAGAGGGAGGGACCCUGCGUUUAACGCAUCUACUGUGUUCCUCAGUCUCUAUUCACUGGCAUUGUCUCGGGAGACUCGCUCACACAUACACGCCGCUUCGGUCUCUCUCUCCUUCCCAUCCGCCCCCUCUCACGAGCACACUCAUGCACUCAGGCAUACAGGCACACACAUUGACAGGGUAGCGUGGAGGAUAAACCCACUCACCAUUCCCGUCUCAUCUCCCCCUCCCUACCUCUCUCUCUCGUCGUCGUUCCUGACGCUCGGCGGAGGCAAUCUGGCUGCACCCACCCAACUCUUCUUCAGCCUCGCCGAGCAGGAAACACUGCAUCAGGCAUCGGCAGAGGUGCGUAGUCAAGCAACAAGACGAGCUCUCUCUUUGCUUUCCUCUCCAUCUCAUCCUGCUCCCCACCUAAGCAGCUCCUGUAAGGUGACAGACAGACGUGUCGGUUGACAGGAGAGAGACCCCUUGGCAGCCUGGCCACACCCCCCACUCUCCCGUUCCCCAUGUAUCCAGAAUCGACCACAGACUCUCCCGCCCGCCUCUCUCUCAGACAGACAGGCUCCCCGGGCAUGGUCUACAGUGCGAGAUAUGGGAGUCCAAAACGGCAGCUGCAGUUUUACAGAAACUUGGGGAAGUCUGGCCUGAGAGUCUCGUGUCUUGGAUUAGGAACAUGGGUGACGUUUGGAGGACAGAUCACAGAUGAGAUGGCGGAGCAGCUGAUGAUUCUGGCGUAUGAGAACGGGAUCAAUCUGUUCGACACGGCAGAGGUCUACGCUGCUGGAAAGGCGGAGAUGGUGCUGGGAAACAUCAUAAAGAAGAAAGGAUGGAGACGCUCCAGUUUAGUCAUUACAACCAAAAUAUUUUGGGGUGGAAAAGCAGAGACAGAGAGAGGACUGUCAAGAAAACACAUUAUAGAAGGUUUAAAGGCAUCAUUGGAGAGAUUGCAGUUAGAAUAUGUGGAUGUAGUGUUUGCAAACAGACCAGACCCCAACACACCCAUGGAAGAAACGGUGCGGGCGAUGACCCAUGUGAUCAAUCAGGGAAUGGCGAUGUACUGGGGCACGUCACGCUGGAGUCCGAUGGAAAUCAUGGAAGCAUAUUCUGUGGCCCGACAGUUUAACCAGAUUCCACCAAUCUGCGAACAGUCUGAAUAUCACAUGUUCCAGAGGGAGAAAGUGGAGGUGCAGCUUCCUGAACUCUUCCAUAAGAUCGGUGUGGGUGCGAUGACAUGGUCUCCGCUGGCCUGUGGGAUAAUCUCAGGGAAAUAUGACAGCGGGGUGCCGGCAUACUCUCGCGCCUCACUGAAGGGCUACCAGUGGUUGAAGGACAAGAUCUUGAGCGAGGAGGGCCGACGCCAGCAGGCGAAGCUGAAAGAGCUGCAGGCAAUCGCUGAGCGGCUGGGCUGCACGCUGCCACAGCUAGCCAUCGCGUGGUGCCUGAGAAAUGAAGGCGUGAGCUCUGUGCUCCUCGGAGCCUCCAACACGGACCAGCUCAUGGAGAAUAUAGGAGCAAUACAGGUUCUUCCAAAGUUAUCCUCCUCCAUCGUGCACGAGGUGGACAGUAUCCUGGGAAACAAACCCUACAGUAAAAAGGACUACCGCUCCUAGUGUGGAACCAGACGGGACCGGAUGCUCCGCACCCACCUUUGCCUGAUCCUCCGUUAGCUUCAGCUUUUACUGAAUGAGUACCGGCCGCAUGAGACGGGCAAGCACCCACAAACCCUGGAGAGCAAGACUUUUAGAACACAAAGGGCAAGAAACACGUGAAAAACACACAAAACAAACAAAAAAAGACACAUUCACUGACAGAGGGGUUGAAAUGCAGGAUAGAGAGCAAUGCAUUGAAGAUAUGUGCUUACGGAUUUAUCUGUGUUACUCUACAGACAAGGUACUUUAAAAUGAGAUCAUUAGGGUAAUUAAGAACAAAAUAAAAAAAAAAUAUAUGCAUAAUUUUUUUUUUUUAAAUAACAUGCUUGCUUGGUUGCUGGAAAUAUUCAAUUUUUUUCUGUUAAUUUUUUUUUUAUAUUGAAUGCAUAACAAAAAUGGAGCUCAAGCUGAAAUAGGUAAUCAGUUGCACAUGAUCCAUAGCCACUCAUGUGAUCCAUUUGGGUUUGCGCACGUCGUUCACAUCAUCGAGGUGUCUCGGCCCAGAACUCUUCACUGUGUCGUCUGCGUUACGUAUGCACACGCCCCCCCUUCGCAGGCAAACCUAUGAGCACUUUAAGGGAACAUCAGAGGGAGUGGCUUUGUGAAAACUGAUUUAAAUGCAGCUCCUCUCUAGUGUGGAACGGGGCAAAAAUCAAUCGCUUUUCCUUAUUCUGCACAGGGCAUUGCGUUGUCUCGGUGUCUGCGCUUCUCUGUUUAGCCUCAAAGCACGGCCCUGGCUUCUCAUGUGUCAUUUCUUUGCUAACAGUUCUGCAAGAGACCUUCUGAUGUCUGAUCACUCCAUCAGAUGUUGUGCUUUUGGAGGGCAGCUGUCUGUGUGGUUGUUGAAGAAUGCUGGAAACUGACGGCGAAGAGCCUCGGAGGUCUUCCUUCCACAGUAACCUGCUCCCAGCACACACCUUUAGUGUACUGAUAUUACAGUUACUCUCACUGAUUUAUUAGAUUUUAAGUGUAGAUUGAAUUAUAUGAAGGAUAAGCAUGCUUCAAAAAUAUUUAACGCUAUUACUGCAGAAUUUUCUGUCUGAAGAGUGAAUGUUAGGAAACAUGUCAAGAAUAUGUUUUGGUCAGAUUUCACCUCAGAAUCAAUAUCAAUAUACAAUAUGAGAUAAAUGAAAUUAUAUUAUUUUAGAACCAUUACAUUUUUAUUUUUUGCAUUGUGACAAUUUUUAUGAUAAUUGGACACAAUUUCCCUGCAAAUUGUCAUUAAUUUGAUGUGAAAAAGUACUGUAAUGAAAAUGUGUGUAUAUAUAUAUAUAUAUA